AUGAUUGCUCAUGUGAUUAUUAAUGCUGCAGCUGGCUGUAAUUGUCGUGACAAACUUUGUAGUCUUCCGAUUGCAGUUUGCGCUAUCUUUUCCUGGUUGAUGUCUGCUUGUGCAUCUGUUUAUUUAAUUGGAGGAUCGGUUGCGAAUGACCGACAUACUAUGGAUGUCCUUUAUUACGAAGUUGUUGAGCCUUUGCUAUUUGCAAAAGGUGCAAUAGUUGGUCUUGUAAGUGUUAUCGCUGGGGUUGUAUAUUACCUCACCAUAUCAUCAAUCAAACACAUGAACCAAAUGGUGACCCCUGUCAAUGCUGAUAAUCAUGGGAAUAUCGCGAUGGCCCAACCUCAAGUCCCAGCUCAAAUGGCACAACCCUGA